AUGAUUCAUGCGGGAUACGCUUCAGUUUUCUUGCUGCCGCUGCUCCAACUGGCCGCUGGACAGCUGGGUACUAAUCCCAAGGCCUUGGUUGUGUGCGGCGGCAGCUUGGGCUGCCUGAGGGGCAUCCACAUGCCGGGCUAUCAGAUCAAGCGCUUCGAGGCCUUCCUGGGCAUACCCUACGCCCUGCCGCCCGUCGGCGAGCUGCGCUUCAGCAAUCCCAAGAUCAUGCCCAAGCUGCGCGGCAUUUACAAUGCCAGCGCCGCGAAGCCGGACUGCAUACAGAAGAACUAUUUGCUGCCCACGCCGAUUAUCUAUGGCCAGGAGGAUUGCCUGUACCUCAAUGUCUACAGGCCAGAGCGUCGCUCCGGGCAGCCGCUGCCCGUCCUGGUUUACAUCCAUGGCGGCGGCUUCUUCAGCGGCUCCGCUGGGCCGCUGAUCACCGGACCCGAGUACUUCAUGGACACCGGCGAGGUGCUGCUGGUCACCAUGGCCUAUCGCCUGGGCGCCUUGGGCUUCCUUUCCACGCAGGACGCCGCCAUGCCCGGCAACUUUGGGCUCAAGGAUCAGCAGCUGGCGCUGCGCUGGGUGCAGCGCAACAUCAAGGCCUUUGGCGGUGAUCCGCGACGCGUGACCCUCUUUGGACAGAGCGCCGGGGGCGUGGCCACGCACAUGCACAUGCUAAGCGCCCGGUCGGCGGGCCUAUUCCAGCAGGUGAUCAGCAUGAGCGGCACAGCCAAUGUGCCCUUCGCCAUAGAGCCGGAGCCGCUGCAGCAGGCGCGCCGUACCGCCGCGCUCUGCCAGGUAGCGAAUGCUCGGAAUCUGAGCACGCCCAAGCUGGCGCGUGCUCUCCGCACCGUGGAUGUGGAGACGCUGCUGAAUGCUGGCGACGGGCUCAAGUUCUGGAACGUGGAUCACAUGGCCAACUAUCGGCCCGUCGUGGAGCACAGCUCCGCCGCCUCCACCGAGAAGGAGGAUGCGGAGGAGGCGUUCCUCAGCGUGCAUCCGCAGACGCUGCUGGCCGAGGGCAGCUACAGGCCGGUGCCCUGGCUGCUGGGCACCGUGCCCGAGGAGGGCGCCGUUCGCGUGGUCAACAUCAUGGAGAACGCGACGCUGCGCCAGGAUUUCAAUGGGCGCUUCGACGAACUGCUGCAGCAGCUGCUCGAGCUGCCCCAGGAGUUCAGCGCGGAGCAGCGUGCGCAGACGAUGCAGCUGGUGAGCGAAAAGUAUUUCCAUAACAAGCACGAGCUCAACGAGCUGACGGUACAGGGCUUCCUCGAUCUCGUCUCGGAUCGGGGCUUCAAGCAGCCGCUAUACACUGCCGUGCGGCAGCAUUUGGCCAGCGUUCACGCUAGCCGGGAGCCACUGUACUUGUACAGCUUCAAUUAUCUGGGCCCGCACAGCUAUGCGUCCGUCUAUACGAGCGCGAAUGUGGGCAACAAAUACGGCGUGGUCCAUUGCGAUGAUCUGAUCUAUCUGUUUCGCAGUCCCAUGCUCUUUCCCGACUUCGAGCGCAACUCGACGGAGGCGAGACUCAUCCAAUCCUUUGUGGGCUACUUUGUGCACUUUGCCAAGUUCGGUAAACCCAGAAAUGUGGAGUCGCUUAGGCGCUGCUCGGAAGCGGUUCUUCUGUCACGACCCGAGGGUAUUUGCGAUCAUCACGUGUUCCAAAAUGCGCCCAACGAUCGGCCGCAGUUCGAGGUGAAUGUUUCGCAAAGGUUUCGCGCGACAAGUGCCAAAUUCUGGACUAAUUUAUUGGCAGAACCAAAGCAUUAUUAA